GCUUCACACAAAGGUAACAAAAAUAGAGUUGAUGCUGCGCCGAGUUCCACAGAUCUUUACAUGUUUUUAAGAAGACGUGAUACCCUGACUACAAUUUAGAAAUGUCUCCUGUGCAGCCUACAUAAGGAUGAUGAAGAAUCACGAAGAAGAUGAAUUUGUUGCAGUGCGGGUCCAAGACCCUCGGGUUCAGAAUGAAGGCUCUUGGAACUCGUACGUGGACUUCAAGAUAUUCCUUCACACCAACAGCAAGUCCUUCACUGCCAAGACGUCCUGUGUGCGCCGGCGCUACAGUGAGUUUGUCUGGCUCAAGAAGAGGAUGCAGAAAAACACUGGCUUGGUACCUGUCCCAGACCUGCCCAGCAAGUCCUUCUUCUCCUUCAGUGGUGAGGACUUCCUGGAGAAGAGGAGGAAAGGCCUGCAGUGCUUCCUGGACAAAGUGUGCAGCAUGACAGUGUGUCUGUCAGACAGCCAGCUCCACCUCUUCCUGCAAACCCAACUGCCGGUUGGUCACAUCCUAGACUGUGUGCAGGGCCACACCCCCUACACUGUGACAGAGGCCAUCCUCACCUAUGCCUCGUCCAAUCAGGGCUGGGUUCAGGAAGAGGACUUGACCCAGGAGCCUAGUCUCACUCCAGUUCCUUAUGAGUCCAUGGAGAGCCCUGCCCCUCAUCUACCUACCCUGCAAUGUCAAGAGCCCCUUAGCCCUGUGAACCUCGCCUCCAGUGAGCCAGAGGGCCUACGGACUGAGAAGUUCCUAGCUGACGCCGAUGACAUAGACACUGUGGAGACCCUUUCCCCAGAGGUCACCCAGGAGGACCGCAAUGUAGUCCAGGCAGAGCCCAUCCUGGAGAUACACAGCCCAGUGGAGACUAUCUUUCAGUGGGGCAGCCAUGAAGAAUCUACUCCAGAGAGGCUCGACCAUGAGGCGAUGAUCCACCACCAAGGUGAUUGUCAACUGCAGACACCUGUGGAAGUGCACUGUGGAAAGGACACAGGCUUGGAGGAGGAGUGUGUAGUGGAGGUGACGACUGAGAGGGUCAUUAGGGAGGAGAGCCAUGCUGACAUAACUACAGAGACAAUCCCUCCCAAACAGAGUAACCUAGACCCAGAUAGCCACGAGGAACUGAUCCACCAAGGGGAACAGACACCUGAGGAAGAGGCCACAGGCCUGGAGAAGGAGUAUGUAUCAGAAGAGGCCAUUACUGACACGACUACAGAGACGAUCCCUCCCAAACAGCGUAGCCCAGAGCUAGAUAUCCAUGAGGAAACUCCUGGAGAUGGAGUUCGAGAUGGAGUUCUAGAGGACCUUAGCCUUGCGGAGGAAGCUCAAGAAAGCAUCAGUCAUGAGAAGACAACCUCGGAAGGGGACAGCAACAAAGACACAGUAACAGCCAUUGAGCUGGACAGCCAUGGGCACAUGGAUGAGAUUAACUCCCACAUAGAGAUCAGCCUAGAGGAAGAGUGUCAUGAGCUCACAUCAGAAGAGGUGGAACGUGUUGAUGACUCAACCCAAAGGGUAGAAGGUGGAGAUGAGACAACCCAGAAGAAGAAGGCUCCCUUGGACAUUCAACAAGUAGAUGAUCAGCUGGACACAACCCAAGAGGUUGAGAUUGAUGAGGAAAUUAAUGGAAAGGAUGGGGAGAGUCUUGGGGAUGGGGCAACAACAUUUGAUUGGAGUAGCCAUAAGGAGAGCGACAACAAGGAUUCUGCCAAUAACGACAAUGCAAUACAAGAGACGAAUGGCUACAUGGAGACAGCUCCCGAGAAGGAAGAUCACCAAACAGACUGCACAGAGGCAGAAAAGGCCUUCAACAACUCAGACACUGUAAUUCUCAAAACUAACCGAGGUCCCUCACAUGAUGAAAUCACAUCUGAGGUACCCAAUGCUCAGGGGACCAAUGAUGUCAAAGUCAGAGAGGACAGGGAUAUUUUGUACAUGGUCAACAGUUGCUCAGCAAAAACCCUAGAGAAUGAAUCUUCAGAGCUAGUGGGUGAUGGAGUUGAGCUAAAGGACAUGAGAAUCCAAGAGAGCAGUCAUCUGGAGUCUGAGGGCCACUGUACAGAGCAGAACAUCUCAUUAGCCCAGGAGGAUAAUACUGAGGCCUCAGACGUGAGCCAGGAAUGGGAGGCCCAUGGGUUCACUGUUGCUACAAACCAGACUGUGAGCCCAGAGAUGGCGCCCUAGAUAUUAGGCUGCUGCAUGCACUCUGAACCUGAACAAUGGAUAGUGGGAUGUCUUCUGCCAAAGACAGAACCAGUCUCUCACUCACCCUGCACGCCUAUUCUCACACUCCAGCUGAGCUCUGCUUCGCUUGCGUUGAUGAACUUCCUCUGUUGGGCAGCAGAGAGUGCUCAAAGUCACAGUAAUACUUGGUCUAUGGGUGAGAACUUCCCCAAGCUGACAAGUCCAGUGUAUCACGCUUCAUAUUUGGUCAUUGACUUUCCUCAAGUCUGGCACUUUCAUGUGUUCCUCUGUAUACCCUGUGAACUUGUGCCUAUAAAGGAAUUAGUCCAUUUAACUCAACCGGCUGUGGUGCCCCAAUGGCAUUAAUGUGACAAUUAUUUUGUCCGUUAAUCCACAUGCCGUAACACUGUAUGCUUGACUAUGAGGGGCAAACAUGUCCCAACCUGCCCCAAGUCCCUCUGAUGCAUGUGCCCAUCUGAACACCUGCCUUGAUGAAGCAAAACGCCCUUCAACUGAUCAGCAGCAAAACCGAGGCCCUGCUUGUUGGCACCCACUGUCAGGUCCAGCACUCACCAAUAACACACCUCACCAUAGCAGGACAGAACACGCCUCUCUCCCCCUCAGUUUCCAGUCUGGGUGUAAAAGCUUGAUUCCUCCCUGACCUUUGACAGCCACGUCAAACAACCGCGUAAAGCGCCAUUCCAUCUCCUCACGGCUGAACUACCUCGACACACUCUUCAUCGGGAACCCAGGCAGGAGUCUCCAAAAGCUCCAGUACAUCCUGAACAGAGCUGCCAGGAUCCUGAUGAGAGUGCGGAAACGCCAUCACAUCAACCCCAUCGCAGCAUCUCUCUGCACUGGCUCCCCAUCUCAUUACGGAUUGAAUUCAAAACCCUCCUGCGGACAUUCCCGUGUGUUCAUGGCAAUGCCCCUCCUUUAUCUAAAAAGAACUACUCUCCCUCCAUAACCCCACCUGCACCCUUAGGACAAGCGACUCCACGCCCCCAGGACCAAGCUCAGCUUCUUGGGAGAUCAGCCUUUCAGCUCGACCGCCCCCAGCCUCUGGAAUGCCCUCCCGGACCACCUGAAGGCAUCACAGACUCUGGGCUCCUUUAAAAUGGGCCUAAAGACCUUUCUCUUUAGGAAGGCUUUUAAAUCCAAUUUGAUUUGUCACAUGCUUCGUUAACAACAAGUGUAGACUAACAGUGAAAUUCUUACUUACGGGUCCUUUUCCAACAAUGCAAAGUUAGAUAAGGAAAGCUGGGCUUGUCCUUGCCCCUUGUAGCGUCAACUGUGUUCUUUGUGUCAGUUGCCUGGUCUAGUUGUCCCAAAAAACGUUAUUUGGUUUUAAAUUUAUUUAAUGUACUUUGAGAUUAUUCUAUAUAAUGAAAAGUGCUUUACAAAUGUAAUUUAUUAUUAUUAUGUGAUCCAUAACUGUCGCAGGGAAGUCGUGAUUACGAAUUUGGAGUCCGUGAAAAGUUGUCUUGCAAUCAACUUUGACUGUGUUUUAUUAAUAACUUCCAGUAAAAAGUGUCAUCCUGCAUGCAAUUCCCUUUGCUGACGUGGGUGAUUUCUUGGUUCGGCUUGAAUAAACAGGGAUGAGGGUCGUUCCACCUCAAAAAGCACAAGUAAAGAGGAUUUCGACACCCACCAUCUCAGAUUGUGUCGUAAUCGUUUCUGUAGUUAGAAACAGAUAAGAUUAGUGUUCCUGAAACAUUAUUUUGUUGAAAUAUAUAUAAUAUAAUUUAAUAUCUGAGAAAUUAAAGGCCCAAUGCAGUCAUGUUUAUCUCGGUAUCAAAUAUUUUCUGGGUAACAAUUAAGUACCUUACUGUGAUUGUUUUAAAUUAAAAUGGUCAAAAAUAGCUCCUUAGCAAAGGGCCAUUUCUCAAGCAAGAAUUUAGAGAGUGGUCCCAGUGGGGAGGGGAAAACUGAAAACUAGCUGUUAUUGGCAGAGAUGUUUGGAACUCUUUCUUAUUGGUCUAUUAACUUAAUUACCGCAUGGUGACGUCACCAAGCAGGCCUAAACUCCAUCCCAGGCAGAAAUUUCAGGUAAUCUUUUCAAACAGCUCUUACACUAAAAAGCCAUUAUCAUUUUCCGUGUUCUUCCAACCUCAUAGUGUAUUAUUCUAACCACAUAUAUUUGACUGCACUGGGACUCUAAUUGAUUGCACCCAAAUUGGACAUUUUAAUUGAUUGGAUUUAUAUAAUUGUCAAUAAAUAUAGUACCUAACAUCCAAUUUGGACCAUAAUUCCUCCUAACAAUGAGUAAGACACGAGGAAUCCAAUAAAAUUAUCAAAAGCCUCCCACGGACCUAGCCUUGCAACACCGCCAGAUCCCGCGAGCUUACAUUAAACAUUGUAUAGAUAUGUAUGUUCACUGUAAGCUCAUGGGAUCUGUAAGCUCGUGGGAUCUGGCGGUCCUGUAAGCUCGUGGGAUCUGCCCCCCCCCCCCUGUCCACAACAAGUAGUGUUCCAAGCUGCAGCUCCAUACUGCUUGUCAGACAUAACUGAUACUGGUUGUUGGGGUGGGAGGUGUGUGGGGGUUCCAUUGGUGGCUUUUUACCACUUUAAUGGAUUCUUCAUGUCUUGCAUAAUGGUAGGAAGAAGUUUGGAUCAAAUUGGAUGUUGUACUAUAUUUUUGAAUAUGAUGUGAAUCCUAAAAAUGUUAAGGGCCAAUUUGGGUGCCAACAAUUAUCUUACAUUGUCAGAUCAAAUUAAAUGUCAAUGAAAUAAUGUUGAAGUAAUGCUAAUCUUAUCUAUUUCUAAUGUUCUGAAAUAGUUUCUGUAAAUCUGAGAUGGUGGGUGUCAUGGCUUGCCAUGUUAGCCAAUUGAGCCGAAGGCUGCAUGGACCCUAGCUUUACUAAGCUCUCUGUCCUCGGGGUGGAGUUAGUUACAGUAUAUAGGUAUAGGAGACGGUACUCAACACUGGUAUCUUUGUAAAUUGUCAACAUGUUACACCAAUGCAGUCAGAGCGAACAUAUGCUUUUAGUGUCUUCCCAGGGAUGCUUCAUUAUUUUAUUUCAAGACGAGCUGUUUGUAUUUUUCAACACUGAGAAAAGGGACCAUUUUAUUAUUUAUGUUUUGUGUGGUUAGACAACUACAUUUAGAUAUAAUUGGUCAUGAUACUUGUAGUGCAUUUGAAAUUAUGAUAGGAUCACUGUUCUACUGGGUAUGUGAAACAUGAUGUGGGGUGGACUACUAGAGGAAGCAUAGAGUGCAGAUUUAACUAUAGCCAACCUUCUGUUAGACCACAUUGUCUGGUAACAUUUCUGGUAUCAUGCUUCCCUAUAUUCUUUCAUCAGGCUAUGUUUGUUCCCAUAUUCUGCAUUUUAACAGGUGCAUUAGUUAUUUUAAGUGGUAGAUGGUUCCCGGACACAUGGUUUUAGAUUUUCAAUGUUAUGUAUUUUAGACACAUGGAUUUACACGGGCAAUAUUAUACCAAUGAUCUAAAAUAGUCAACAACAACCUAGGAAUUGACAAUGACAAUUGACAAUGUUUUUUAUUUUUAAUAUCAUUUUAAUUGGAAAUAAAAUGAUAGUCCCCCCCACACCUGAA